AUAGUCGGUAGCAUAAUAGUAUUUUAUGAAUUAUGACGUCAUAAACAGCAAAUAACAGUGACGUAUUUCACAACUUCCGCUCUUCAGCAGAGGUGUUUGUGUUAUUUUGAGUCAAAGUUCAACAUGAAUCUCCCCUAAUGAGUGUUAUUGUGGAACAGUUACGAUAUUUUCCCGAUUGUCAAUUGUUAUCACCUCAUUUACCAACGCAACAUGCUAAUCACACCCAAGAAUAUGUGUGGCAGCGAAGUCUAAAAUCAAAGCGUGAUCUGACAAGGUAGAACAUGGAUAUAGGAUAACACAACGGACUUCAGCUACAUUGACUCUGGACUAAACAGCAAGGAGACAGGAUGAAGUUUGCAGAGCAUUUGGGGGCUCAUAUCACCCCAGAAUGGCGGAAACAGUAUAUUCAGUAUGAAGCCAUGAAGGAGAUGCUGUAUGAAGCUCAGGAACAAGCUCCAUCACUGGAAGUUGUGGAUCAGAGUACCAUCCAGAGAUACUUUGCCCGCUUUGAUGAGAAGUUCUUCCAGUUCUGUGACAAGGAGCUUGCCAAGAUUAACACCUUCUUCUUAGAGAAACUCUCUGAGGCCAACAGGAAGUAUGCAAACCUCAAGUCUGAGCUGCAAGCGUACAUGGAGCAUGAGUUGAAAACAUCUGGAAGCAGCAAUCUACGUAGACGGCGGCCGAGCAUUUACGCUCGCUUUAAGGAUAAGGAGAGCGCGGGGAUGACGCACAUGAGGAAGCUCCACGACCUGAAGCUGGCAUUCAGUGAGUUCUACCUGAGUCUCAUUCUCCUGCAGAACUACCAGACUCUUAACUUCACCGGCUUCAGGAAGAUCCUCAAGAAACAUGACAAGCUGAUGCAGACAAGCCGGGGCGUCGAGUGGAGGCAGACCCACGUGGAGUCGGCCCCCUUCUACACCAACAAGGAGGUGGACCAUCUCAUCAAGGACACAGAGCAAAGCGUGACGAGUGAGCUGGAAGGUGGAAACAGACAGAAGGCCAUGAAGAGACUGAGAGUGCCGCCCCUUGGGGACCAGCAAAAUCCGUGGACCAACUUCAAAGUGGGAUUGUUUCUGGGCAUGUUUUCAAUCCUCAUCAUUGUCGUCAUCCUUGCAGCUGUGUUCACGGACCACCAUGCGGACUGGGAGCCAGCGCUGCGCAUGUACCGCGGGAUGUUCCUGCUCAUCUUCAUCCUCUUCCUCCUGGGGGUCAACACGUACGGCUGGAGGUCAUCCGGGGUCAACCAUGUGCUCAUCUUCGAGAUCGACCCACGCCAUCAUCUGACACAUGCUCAGUUGCUAGAGCUCGCAUCAUUCCUGGCCGUGGUGUGGGCGUUGAGUGUGCUGUGCUACCUGUUCAGCCCCACCGUCUCCAUCCCGUCGAUGGUGUUCCCGCUGUCCAUGGCGGGGAUGUUGAUGCUGUUCCUCAUCAACCCCUUCAAGAUCUUCUACUAUCGAGCCCGCAUGUGGCUCCUCCGGGUACUGUUCCGUAUCUUCACUGCUCCGUUCCACCAUGUGGGCUUCGCAGACUUUUGGCUGGCUGAUCAGCUCAACAGCCUGGCCACCGUGCUGCUUGACUUCGAAUACCUCAUCUGCUACUUCGCCUUUGAGGUGGAGUGGCUGGGCAACGAUACAGAGAAGGUGUGCACCAAGAGUAUCUAUGGUAUCCGUGCGGUGGUUGGUUGUCUUCCUGCCUGGUUCCGAUUUGCUCAGUGCCUUCGGCGUUACCGUGACACCAAGCUCCUGUUCCCCCACGUGGUCAACGCGGGGAAGUACUCCACCACCUUCUUCGUCAUGCUCUUCUCCACACUGUACAAGAUACAUAGAGAGGAGUACAGCGAGGAUUACCGACAGAACAGUGUGUUCUUCUACUUGUGGUUGGUGGCGGCAGUGGCUAGCUCUUGCUACACCUACACCUGGGACAUCAAGAUGGACUGGGGACUGUUUGACAAAAAUGCUGGUGAAAACAAAUUUCUCAGGGAGGAAAUUGUCUAUGCUUUUAAGGCGUACUACUACUUUGCAAUUGUGGAAGAUUUCAUCCUCAGAUUCACAUGGUCGCUGUCUGUGUCUAUAGGAGAGGGUCUCAUUAUUCACAACGAAAUACUUAAAACAAUACUUACAUUGUUAGAGGUGUUCAGGCGGUUUGUGUGGAAUUUCUUCCGUCUGGAGAACGAGCAUCUAAACAACUGUGGUCAGUUCCGAGCGGUCCGAGACAUCUCCAUUGGACCAAUUGACUCGAGCAAUGAGAUGCAGAUCGUGGAGAUGAUGGACGAACUCUAUGGUGCUGACUCAAGGCGGUACGAGAAACGAGGAAAACUCCUCGCUAACAGAUCAAAGAAAGACACUCGCCUGUGGGUGGACGAGGAUGAGGAGAGGACCCCCCUCAUGCCCAAGAUGAAGGGGUUGUGAUCUACUCUCUGCUGAACCACAUUAUCGAUGUCGGACUGAGUGGUGGAACAGCUCUUGGCCCACUUGCACAAACCGAUCUUAGCACUAAGAUUAUCGUAAGCCUAUGUUAAAGUAUGUGAGUUACGAUCAUCUUAGCGCUAAGAUCGCUUUGUUCAAGUGGGCCCAGGUCUACAGUGGUCAUUCUGCUCCGAACACCCCAGUAGGAGGUACUGAGUCCAGAGGAUAUUUCUCAAUGCUGACUGUGAUGAAAUACAAGACCAGCGAAUGGUACACCUCAGACCUUGGAAGUUGACAGUUCUGUUGUUUAUACAUGAGCAGACUUGUACAAUCAACUCUACAGUUUGAUCUUACUUAUGUUGACAUAUUAUUUCUCUCAUGUUUCAAUUUGUGUGUCUCUCUCAAGAUAUUGAGAAUCUGGAAGCUGCAUCAACGUUUCUUUUACUUGCAGCUGUGUGUGAGGGGCGUUUUAGUUCCUGCAAAUGUGUGUUUCAAGUGUCUUAAUCUGUGUCCUAUCAUUUGAUGAAGACCACAAAAGACACUGCUCACUGCUUUACAAUUCAUUGUUGGGAGAGGAGUUGUCUUUCUCUCAUUUCAGGGAUGGAAAUUAACCAAUAACAUCUAUGCGCCCAAAUAGUGAAAACAUGCUGCAAUACGCCCCAAACUGUAUGAAUCAGAUAAGAUCUGGGGUAGAACAGGUCUUCAGCAACCCAUGUUUGCUGUAAAAGGCGACUAUGCUUGUUGUAAGAGGCGACUAACGGGAUCGGGUCCCCAGGCUCGCUGACUUGGUUGAUGCAUGUCAUCGUAUGCCAGUUGCAUAGAUAGAUGCUCAUGAUAUCAGUCACUGGAUUGUCUGAUCCAAACUCGAUUAAAAAACAAACAAACGAAAAUGUAUGAAAUUCUACUCGCCCUGCAUUAAGCAACUGGUCUGGGCUAGCGCUAAUUUUCAUCCCUGAUAGCAUUUGACAAAUAGGACCAAGAACUAGUUUGUGAGGAUGAGGUUUAAGUUGACGGACUUACUGAUUGUGUUAGUGUACAUGUUGUCUCGGUAUCAGACCAUCCUUUCUUAAAGGGGGAAUAUGCUCAGGCCAAAUAACAGUCCUAGAAAGUGGAUUUAAGUCUUUCAAGUACCACAUGUUUGUCUGCUAUGUUAUGAUGUGUAUGGGGGCGGUCGGGUAGCCUAGUGGUUAAAGUGUUCGCUCGUCACGCCGACGACCCUGGUUCGAUUCCCGACAUGGGUACAAUGUGUGAAGCCCAUUUCCGGUGUCCCCCGCCGUGAUAUUGCUGGAAUAUUGCUAAAAGCGGCGUAAAACCAUACUCACUCACUCACUCACUAUGAUGUGUAUGAAUGCAUCAGUGAAGGACUAUCAAGAUUACACAGAGACAGUGUCUCAGUAUCACACAUGGCAGUAGGGGCGUUACAAUACGAUUACACAGUACAGUAUGUAUCGUGAUACUUAAUUUUCUCGAUUACAUGUGUGAAAUUCUCCAUGUUCAGUGCUGUCCUUUUGACAAGAGGUUGUAGCUAUCGACCACGGCCCCGUUUCACAAAGCGAUCAAAGCACUAAGGUGAUCGUAACUCACAUACUUUAACACAGACUUGCGACAAUCGUAGCGUAUGAUCUCUAAGGUGAAUGGUGGUCACUUUGUGUUAACUGAUUAUUUAAUUAGGACUUGUUAUUAUGCAGUCAGUAUUAGCAUUUUGCUGGUUCGUCGUAAAUGGUAAGCCCAAGCAGUUAUCAGGACGGGUCAUUGCAAACCUUGGUAAAUAGGACUUUGAAAAUAAAUACAAAAUUUAAUUAUGAAUCAAUGCAUGUGUAAGAGUAUGAUGAAUGGAUUUGGCGGGUGUAAAUUCACAAUGUUUCGGUGACUGGUGAUGUCCUUACUGUUGUAACAUUGGUCAGACGUAUAGUCUGGAAGGUAAUUUAAGGUACCGACGUUUCGUACAAUAUCUGAAUAAUUAUUGGAAAAUACCAGCCCGUGGAGGAUAGUCCCUCUUUAAGACAAAUAAUGUUACGACCAGUGCGACUUAUUGUCUCUAUUUUUUCCUUUUCUAAGAAAUGCUAUGAUCAAUUUUGAUGUCUCCUCUUUGUGUGUGACAUAUUGUCAUGGAGUUGAUGCUAGAUGAUGCUAAUGAAGAUGUCUCUGUCUUCCACAUUGCUUUAUUACAACACAGUGACUGUGCUCAGACUAUUAUCGUCCUUGUUCCAGCGUGAGGGUACUGGCUGGAUAAUCCCGGGUCGUGGUCGACACCGGAUGUAGGCUCCCCUAUCUCGACUCUUUAAAACAACACAUAACUGAUACACCUUGGUCAAAGGCCGACCCUACGAUAUUAACAACAUACAGCCGAUAUAAAUACCCCGGACAUGUCAGAAGUGUUUUGAUUCCAUGCUUCACAGGCAAAGGCAGUUAUUAAAUCUAUCUUGAAAUAGCUAACAUUAGUGACAGCAGAUUUCUAUGCACAAUUAGUAGAUAAUAUUGUAUAUUUUAGUUCAAAAGAUCGUACUAACUUUGGACUAACUCCGAGAAGCUUAACAGUCAACACGCGUUGACCUGACCUUCCUCAUUUGAAUAUGCCAUAUUUGGCAUUUCCUGCUACUCAUUUCAUAGAAAUAUCAGAUCACAUGACAAGCUGGAGAAGUAUGUUUUCAGGACAAGAAACCAUGACCCUCACACCAAUCACUUCGCAUACGAUUUCGCCAAAUUAUUGUUAAUGUUAUUGUAAUAUUGAAUGAAAUUUUGAAUAAAAUUAAUAAAAUAUAUUGCAAACAUUAGUCCAGAUAAACAAUGAACAAAUAUUUUAUAACCAGAUAUUAUAAUAAUAGGAUUAGAUUGUGUACUUCAGUUGGGAUUUGUUGACUGGAAAUUCCAGUGUUACGUGAUCGCAGUGAUCAGCUGAUAAUGUUUUUGAGAUGGGAAAACAUUGUGUCAUUGGAAAACUUGAGUUUGUUUAAAAUUGAAAGUAAAUUUUGGGAGCCAUGCUUUACCGCGGGCUAUAACCGAGUUAGCGCUAUAUUGAAGAGCGCAAUAGAGAGGGAACACUGUAUUUCAAAUUCUCUUGACAGUCGUAAAGUAAAUGUAAUUGUUUAAGUCAUGACAGCUGCAUCACUUGGUGCAAGAGGACCCCAAGUAAUAUGUCUCAUCCCUCCCCUUGCAUCAAUUUGGGUUGCCCACUGACAAGUCCACUUGUCGAGGACUUAGAUGAGACAAAUAUCUCUCCCCUUUGUGUUGGCAGUAACAUUCCUGUUAAUGAUAUGGGUCGGUUGUCUUGUAAAAAGUAAUAAUUUUGUUUUUCAAUAUAAAUCUGGACCCAAGAUGUGUUUAUUUCUUCUUUCAUAAAUAUGUUUAUUCUGUAUAAUGGCCAUAGCCCAUGAAUACUACUCAAAAGAAGUUAAGGACCAUGAUUCUUUCAUAUUACAAUUGUUAAUCUGCCCUGAAAUGAGAGAUUACCUGUAGUAAUAUGAAAGAAUUUGGUGAUCCUUAACUUCUUUUGAGUAGUAUACAUUAAGCUGGGUUCAUUGAGCGUACCAUGUACAGCAUGUAUGACAAGUAUUGAGAUUGUAUCAUACCACAGCAAAGUUCUUUAUAGCUACAAGUAUUAUGUAUCGUACCACAGCAAUAAUUAUAGCCUGCAGACGGGACGAAGCUUCAAAUGAUGGAGGUCACCCUUCUGUUAGGGACUGACUGAGUGAUGCUGAGAUUAUAGCCAGAAGACGGGACGAAGCUUCAGAUGAUGCCCUGCUAUAAAGAGCAAACUGUGUGAAUGUACUGUCUAUUGAGUGGUGGGAGCAGUUCUCAAAUUCAUUGUCAUUUGACCAAUUGCGUGGAUCGAUGCUCAUGAUAUUAAUCACUGUAUUGUCUGGUCCAGACUCGAUUAUUUACAGACCGCCGUCAUAUAGCUGGAAUAUUGCUGAGUGCGGCGUUAAACAACAAACCAACCAACCAACAUUGUCAUUUGAACUUCGAGGGCUGUGAAGACAUUGCUAUAGCUGUGCCUGAUUAGCCAUGAUGAAUUUCCUCAAGCAAGGGUCAAAGGGAGAGAGACUUUGGAAGAGUGUGUACCUUAUUCGACAUAAUAAGCGCCCAGGGCGCUCUCAAAUUUAGAAAUAGGGGGCUCUUAUUCGAAUAUUAUUUUGGUGAAGAGAAAAACAGAGUUGAAAGAUAAAUUUCGUGGUUUAUGCUGACAGCCUGAAAUGUUGAUAUACGACAAAUAUAUUUUUCCAGAAUUUAAUUGCCCAUAAUUAAGGGUGCAUGUAGCACACGAGUGCGUAUUAUACGCGAAUAAAUAAGUUUUUGUUACAUUGAUCAGUCGGAAGGGGUGCUACAUGGGAUUGUUCACUAGCCAAUAUAUUAUCAAAUAUCGCCGUGGACGCUUAUUAGAGCGGGCGCUUAUUACGUCGAAUAUGGUAUAUGUGAUCAUAAUGUUGUUUUAAGGGAUGUGAGUCACAAUGAUUCCUUCCAAAAUUGCUAUCAUAGAUGUGGCUGCGGAGACCCACUGGUAUGUUAGAAUCAACAAAAAGUUAUAAUAUUUGUUUGCUCAAAUUAUGACAUGUAAAUUCUGCUAUUAAUAAUAUUGUCUAAAAUCGAUAUUCGUCUUGUCUCCGUCUCUUGAUAUAUACUGAACAGAAAAAGUUUGAGAUAAUGAAAUAUUUUUUAAUAUGAAAUUAUGUACCCAGUCUUCACUGCAAAAAAAAUAAUAUAAAUAUAUAAAUAUUCAUGAUGCCUAACCUUUUUUGUUCAGUAUUGUUGAUGGUCCGGAUGAGUUGAUAAGAUUUUGCUGUUAUUGUCCAUGUUAUUGCCUUGAUAUUUCUCCAGCCUAUUGAUAGUCAUUUUGCCUAAACAUGUCAACAGUACAUGUAUUUGGAUGUGUGCAAGUUUUUAUAUAUCACUGCUUUAAAAAUUAAGGUGUAUACUGUGACCCUUGACAUUUGCUGUAUAAAUAUGAAUCUAGGGACCUUUUAUAAGGGUCGUGACAAGGACUUUCAUGCUAAUUUGGAACACUGUAUAAUUAUGUGUUAUGUAUAUGUCUUAUCCAAGAAUGUUCAUAUUUGCUGUUGCUGGAGAAUUAUGGGCAUCAAGGAAAGUUAUAUUUUAGACGUACUAGCACAUGUGGUUUUGUGUCAGUCUAGCAAGGCAAUCAUAUAUAGGCUUCCUCUAUGUGGCAUUAAGAGGCCGUAGAAACAGGGUUGACGGGGGUAUUUCAUCUUCUUUAUUCUUUCAGUGUUAUGUUUUGGUAUACAAGCUCGUACCCUUAUAAAGCAAGUCACGUGAUACUGAUACAGUGAUCCCUUGCUACAACACUACCUCGGAGAUCCAAAUAAUCGAUAAGUAUGAAUGACGAUCAGAUGAUGACCAACACUCUCUUUUUUUCUCUUUUUUUGGGGGGGGAGAGUACACAAACAAUAAGUUUACAGAAUAUAGUUCACAUGCAAUCUAAACUACAUACAAGAUUGCAAGUAGAUGACCAACACCUGCUCAGAUACAGUACUACCGCCCGUACUGAAAUGUUGCAUUAAAGAAUAAAGAAGUGGAACUCUAUCCGCCAAUCCUGUCUUCAUGAGGGGGCACGUGUGGCGAAGUCGUCUAAGAUGCCACAAUAGGCUGUGAAGAGUUACCUCCUCUUUGCAUGCCAGGAACCUACGAUCAUGGCUUCAAAUCCCGGUUCCCCUGAUCAUGUUUCUAGGUUUGUUAGCGCCAUACCUGUGCUUGUGGGUUUCACCAAAGUGGUAAAUGUCUAAGAUCUGCCUCACUUAGGGCUUUUCUCCCACCAUGGUAUGACUGGAAUACUGUUCAAAGCAGCUUUAAACCCAACUCACUCACACAUGCCUUGGACAUGUUGUGUGUGAUAAAUAGGAAGGCGUGACAAGCUGUGUAUAAGGGACAUUCUUUUGGGUCAAUCCCCGGAUUUGUAAAUUGAUGAGUUAACUGUGUGGACCUGCAGACUGCUUUAUUUGUCAGUGAUGUAAAUAUUAUCAGGGUUCAUUUCAACAUCGUUAUCAUCCCGAUAGACAAAUUAGCUACACCAUAGAACUUUGUAUGUUGUAAGUAUAUCAGACAUGUUAGAACUGUAAUGGCUUACUUGAUACUGUUUAUGAUACUGUUUGUUCAUAAAACUGAGAAAAUACGUUUAAAUUUUGGGAAAAUUAUAAAUUUUUCAGAAAUCAUUUAACUAUCAGGUGAUCAGGUUUCACUUUGAACUAACACUGUUGAGAAGCCAAUGGCUUCCUGAAAUAUGAAACAAGGCUUUGAACAUAGAUUGUAUUGUUAAAUCUGACAUCAUGGACUCUCCCUUCAUGUGAAUUCAAGUCCUUGAAUAAUCAUGGUUGUUGUUGAGGAGCUUUGCUCCUACUGGUGUAUAAUUUACAGUACAUUUUGUGUUGUUAUGACAAGAUUGUAUGUGAUGUUCGUUGUAUCAUAGUUGAAUGGUGUAUUUUAUUUCUUGUAUUUUGAUUAUCAGGUCUGCAUUUGUCAAAGAUUUGUAUUAAACCAAUACAGCCCAUGCAAGUCUAUAAUGUUUGGCAAGUCUAGAUUACAGAAAAGGAACAAAGCCUCUGGGCUCCUUUUUAUUAUAUUUUAUAACUAUAAUUUACCAACUGUUUUUUCUGUAAAAUAUGUUCAUUUCAGAGACUAGAUGUUAGUCUACAUGUCCUUUUGAGAUGAGGAAUCUGUAUUUACUGUGAUAUAAACAUACAGUUGCACAAACAACAGCACAGUUCCUUCAUAUCCUGAUAAGGUACUAUUACAAGUCCUCUAUUUGUCCAAGAGCACAGCCAAAUACUUGUGUUCCAUGGAAAGGAUAUCAGCACACACAGACCAGCAUGUGCAAACAUCACUUUUCUCUCAAGGCUGAGGAACCCACGACACAGGCCUCUGUAAUUCUUCAUGUACAUGCAGCUCGAGUAACAUUAACGUUUGUGUUUGGAGACAUAGUUAUGUUAUUCUUCUACAUGUGACCCAAAUGAUGAACACCCAUUGGAUGAGAGCGUUUGCUCUGAGAAAUGUUCACUGUCAGCAAUUUCAAGAUAUAACGAUGACUUUGUUCCAAAGCAUGGAAGGCAGAUUGUACAUUGUCUUCAUGUGGGUGGUUGAAAGUUAGAUUUAUCUUGUCAGCUGUUAGUACUGAGCAAUAUGUGCUAGCUAGGAGUUCAACAACACUGACAUCUUUUUAUCAUUUGUGUUUUGUUUUCAAGAAACAGUUUACAUUUUUAUCUGUCAUCGCAUUCAUUGCAUACCAUUUUAACCUUUUGACAAGUAUUGUCUGUACCCACUGAAUUUAGAUGUAUUUAUUUUAAUUUUAUAUAAUUGUAUUUGUGAAUUUAUUUUGAUCUUUGUUCAUGAUUUGCUCAGAUGUUUCAUUCAGUAUACGGAUUGCGGUGGUAGAAAUUGGCACUAGUCCUAUAGUCCUUGCCAAAGUGCCCAAUAGUUAAGGACUAGUAGAAAUUUGCCCUUAUUAAGGGCUGCACUAUAUGUUAUCAUUAUAAGGACUAGUGGACUAAAACUGUUAGUUUCUAUUGCUGCAGAUUGCCUUCCACAGUGUUUAUGAAAGAAUCAGGGUGGUAUAUUUUCAGCAUCUUCAGUAGGAGACAGUAACAUGACCAUGUACAGAUACUCUACAUGCUGUAUUUCAUGGUUCUCCAUGGGGAGAGUAAAACAACUCACAACGUUUAGUUCUCAGACAGACCACUAUGACAUCAUAAGGUUCCACAGAAGUCCAAGAAUGAAAGACUUGGUAGCCAUGGCGACAGUGUGUGAUAGACAAGCUGUAAUGGUCAAGUGGUUUAUUACUGAAUUUCGCAACACUUUCUCUAAGUCAUUGUUCGUCAGGGGGUUGCCAAUGUUUGCAUAAAAUAAUCUAAUAUUUGCAUCAAAUAAUCUAAUACUUGCAUCAUACAUUUGCAUAAAAAAAUCUAACAUUUGCUUUUCUAAUAUUUGCUUAAACUAAUCUAAUAUUUGCUUAAACUAAUCUAAUAUUUGCUUAUGAUAAUCUUAUAUUUGCAUCAAAUAAUCUAACAUUUUUGGCAAAUAAUAUGACAUUUUUAUCAAAUAAUCUAACAUUUGCUUCAUAUAAUCUAAAAUUUGCUUUAAAAUAAUCUAAUAGUUGCUUUAAAUAAUCUAACAUGAAGAUUUGUUCAACCCUGUGAAGAUUUUUAAUUUUGUGUAUUUUACCUGUUACCUCUUGGCACAGAAACCAAGAACAUCUGUACAAUCUGUACAUUUUUGGCAAAUAAUAUGACAUUUUUAUCAAAUAAUCCAACAUUUGCUUCACAUAAUCUAAAAUUUGCUUAAAAUAAUCUAAUAGUUGCUUUAAAUAGUCUAACAUGAAGAUUUGUUCAACCCUGUGAAGAUUUUUAAUUUUGUGUAUAUUACCUGUUACCUCUUGGCACAGAAACCAAGAACAUCUGUACAAUCUUUCAUUUUUGGCAUAUAAUAUGACAUUUUUAUCAAAUAAUCCAACAUUUGCUUCAUAUAAUCUAAAAUUUGCUUAAAAUAAUCUAAUAUUUGCUUUAAAUAGUCUAACAUGAAGAUUUGUUCAACCCUGUGAAGAUUUUUUAUUUUGUGUAUAUUACCUGUUACCUCUUGGCACAGAAACCAAGAACAUCUGUACAGUAAGAACAUGCCUCUGUCUGAAUGGAUCUCUACAUGAUCCACCCGUGCUUAUUGUGUUCAGCAGUUUCAGAUCUCUGGAACUUGCAGACUCAAGAUCUGAUUCUACCUGCUUACAUUUCUCAACCAGAUUCAGUUUUUCUCACUUAAACAUAUUAUUCAUUAUUAUGCUGCAUAUUGUGGGAAUUAAUUAUGGAUGUAAUCAGUUCAUACAUCAUUACCAUGGUUACGAUAUUUUGAAACAGGAGUUAUGGGAAUACUUAGAUGGCUGUACAGGGGUGAAGAGACACCUGCACCUAAAAUUUUAAAUUCCCCUCUUUUAACACAUGUAGUUUCUGUUAUAAGUUCGCAGAUAACAAAGCCAACGGAAAGUACCAAAGGUUAAUUGUGUCAAGACAAGAAAAUGAUCGAACACUUUUUUUUUAAAAGACUGACCAAUCAAAUAUGAGACUGUGCCAAAAGCUUUUGUGUCUACUGCCCAAACUUUAUUUUUUUACAUUAUUUUCAGUGAAAUUUAGUCUCAUGUGGUCUACUAUAAGGUGAUCUUACUAGACCAGAACCAGCUUCGGGAUUAACAUCACGUUUUAAGAUUAUUUCACUUACAUAGAGACGUGCUUGUCUGUUUUUUGUGGGGGGCACGGGUGGCCCAGUCGUCUAAGGCGCCGCGAUUCGCUGUGCAGAGUAGCGUCCCUUGGGCACGCCAGAAACCUGCAUCACUUCGGGCUUUCCUCCCACAUUAAGCUGACACGCCGCGAUAUAACUGGAAUAAUGUUAAAAGCAGCGUUAAAUCCAAAUCACUCACUCACUGUUUUUUGUGUGACUGCUUGUACUAGUCUGGACUAAGGCUGGUUUUAUAGUGCUGGCACACUGAGUUAUCAUGCCACAGUUUCUCCGUUCACCCCACUCAGACACAGUAUAGUUACUCCAAGCCAGUCUCCCUUAAUGCAGAGCACCAGACAGUAACAAACACUGGCUUGGGACUAGUGGCUUAAAGUCACACUCUGAGAUAGUUAGAUGUUAUUGCAAAUAAAAUAUUUCUGAAGGGUGCAGCCUUUAGGUGUCAUGCAGCCCAGGGCUUUGGAUUUAAUUAUGUUGCUGAAAUAGGUACUAGUGUAGGUCAUCAAUCAGACUGGUUGGAGUAAAAUUAGACUGGUGUUCCAUGUUUUGUGCAUCGACACACUGUUGAUUCAAUGUGUGAUAGAUUUAGCCAAUUCUUUGGCUUGGAGGUUUGGGUGAAUAGAAAUGAGAUGAAAAACAGAAAUUGAGCUUCAGAUAUUUAUUUGGGAUAAAGUAGUUUGGGUCGUUCGGUUCAGCAGGGAUUAAUAAAACAAAACAUGUUUAAAGUGCAGGCAGUUUAAGGGGUACAUGUACAUUUUUUAACUUCCAUCAGACAACAUUGUUCUUUGCUCUGGGGUUUUCAAUGGCCAGAAACUUGUACUUGUAUCAUUUUCCGGUUUAGAAUUGGUCUUCAGCAACUCGUGCUUGUCGUAAAAAGCGACUAACGGGAUCAGGUGGUCAGGCUUGCUGACUUGGUAGAUGCAUGUCAUCGUAUCCCAGUUGCGUAGAUUACUGCUCAUGAUGUCAGUCACUGGAUUAUCUAGUAGACUCGAUUCUUUACGGACUGCCAUCAUCAUGUGUCUUUGUUCUCUGGUCAGUCGAAUAUGUAAAAAAAAUAGUGAAGUAUCGCCAAAGCCAACAAUGAACCGUCAUAGCUUACACUACCCAAGAAAUCCUGUAUCUGACAAAUGUAUUGAAACAGAAGAUAAAUAAAUUGGGUCAUGUACAUUGUAGUGUUUCUUCAGAGAAAAAAGAAGGGAAAUGCAAUUGAUUUUAUCCCAAUUGUUCUUGAAUGUGAUCGAGAUGUUCAGUAUUUCAAAUAUACAAAAGUGUUCCAAGAAAUAUGUGCCUUGAAUGUUUCUUUGACCCAACAUUAUCAUUGCCUUCAUCAGUUGUCAUAGUAACAUUGUUCAUAUCAUUGUAUUGUCAUCAUUUACUCAGAAAUGUACCUGUUGAAAGAUUAAUAAAUUUUCUAUAAAAUUA